AGGUGCGAGUGUGACUAGGGAGAAAAGCUACAUCAGAACAUCCAACCCACACCCCACACCCACUCCAACACCCACACCCACACCCACACCCACACCCACACCCACACCCACCCACACCCCAGUUUCUUCGUGUUCUAAAUGAAUUUAGUCAAACAUUUUGUACCGUUUCUUACCGAUCAACAAUAAUAUUUCUACCAUAUUGAUUAAUCUUAAUAUUCUGUAUUUUCUAUAUCUCUAUGAGGAUGUGAGUGUGGGAGCGUGUUUCUCAGUAUAUUUACAUCUACACCCUUAUACAAAACAAAAAAAUGUCAAAAGAGAGUGUUUGAGCUUGAUAUAACUUCAUUGUUUUUAGAAGAUAGGAACACAUUAAGAUUACUUUCAGUUGGUGACAGUUUUAGAUCAUUCUUCUUGAUUAGAUCGAUUUGAAAAUACUAGAAAGAAAGAGUAUAUCGAAUAGUUCUUAUGAAAUUGGUAGAGAUUUUCACAGUUAUUUCACAAUGUUUGUUUCUAUAUGAAAAUAAAUUGAUAUUUCCACAAUCAUGUAAACAUAUUUACAAUGGUAACCUAAUAUCAUUUAUGAGUUUGAUAUGGGAAUAUAUCUAUAAAUCUAUUCUUUUUCAUUGUUUAACGAUAAUAGGCAUUAUCUUAACCAUUAUAAAUAUGUUUUCUUAUUUAUGAAAAUGAAAAACAAACCGAAGGCUGAAUGAUUUUUAUUUCUUUAUAAUAAUCAAUGAAUAUAUAAUAAAAUUCUGAAUAGAUUGAUCAAAUAAACUGAUUGUUACAUGUCAAUAAGAUUUUAUUUUUCAUUUAAACAAGGAAUCUUUAUUUGAAAAGUAGAAAGAUUUCAUUAACAAUGUCUAGAUUAAAAAAAGAGAAUACAUAAAAAACAAAUUUAAAUGAAAUACUUCAGAUUAAAUACAUGUAAACAAAUCAGAAUAGAAACUUUAUAAUAUUAUUUCUAUUUAAUAUCGAUAUUUGUUUGUAUAGUGCAUUUUUGAUCAUUUUAAAAAUCGUUUUAACAGCCGAUACAGAAAGAAUAAGAAUGACAUAUAUAACAAGUAAAAACGUGCCAUACAAAGAAAUGUUUUAUAGGGUAUAAAACAAAACAUGUUAAAUAAAAUUACACUUUUCUUAUUAUAGCCUUUUGGAAGUUGAUCCAUUUCUAUCUGUGGGAUGAUUUUAAAUCCAAAUAUGUUAUGAAGAAUAUAACAAAUAUGAUAAUAACUCUCUUAGUAAUCAAUUCAAAUACAAAAUGUAUUUUAAAACUCAAUACUCUAUGGAUUAUAAUAAUAACAAUACAUAUUUAAUAUCAAGAAACAAUAGUUCAUAAUAAUAAAUAAAUAAACAAACUUGCUACAUGGUCAAUAGCAUAGAUGACAUCACUUAAGAGAAGAGUGACAAGAAUAUGAAAAGUUCUCAAUUGAUGGAAUCGAAUCAGUCGAAACACUGAACUAAUUCGAGUAAAAAUAUUUUCCUCAACAGAUUAUUUCGAGCUAAUUAUUCAAAUUUAGUUUUUCACCAUAGAAUUUAUUUGAUUUACUCAUUAUGUAAUGUGUUUUUUUGUCUAAUGUCUACAGAAAAAAUCCAAUAUAUAUUUCUUGAAUUCGCCGUGAGUGAUAUUGUAUAAUAUUUAGUAGAAAAAAAAGAACACUUUCUUUCUAAUGACUGAUUGACUCAACUAGUGAGAAAUUAUUUUUGUAAGAGAACUGUAUAUCUUUAUGAAUUAAGAAAAAAAAAACAAAGUACAUAUAUCGAUAAAGUAAAUUUGUUUACUUUGACGAGAGUAUAAAUCAUAAUUUCUCUUUAGCAGAUUAGUUAACAUCGCUAAUCAUCUAAAUAUUUUAUCAGUAUUAAGGAGUAGAAUGUAGAUGUGAGUCACUCGGUGCAGAUGAGUAUCUCUCGAACCAAGAAGAACAUUCGAUUCCACACUCACAUUCUGCUAGGCGACUAUGAACAAUAAUACUGAAUAUUUGUUUCUUUUUCAUCGUCGAAUUAAUUCAUAUAAAUAUUUGUUCAUGUCGAAUAAACUUUUCUUUUUAAAAUAUUAUUCAAUAUAAAUAUAAUGGUAAAUGUUCAUUGAUCUCAUAAAAGAAAAUUCAAAAAGAUGCUAUUGUUAUUAAUACAAAUCUCAUAGAAAUACUAAAUACUGGAAAAAUAAAUUAUGUCAUUUUUCAGCAAUGGUAUUCUUUUAUCACAAGCAUGAAUUAUAAGCAUACGUCGACAAUCCAACCAAAUAAUUCAAUGUCUUAAGUUAAAUAGGCUAAUGUAGAAACAUCCUAUGAGAAAUGAAAAGAAAUUAAUAGGCAAAUAUAAAUAUUAUUGAAUAGAUUUCCAGUUAUUCAUAAUAAUCAAUGUGAAAAUAUUAUUGUACUCAAUGACUUCUAGAUCAUAGUCUAGAGUUUUUAUCUGAACUAUAUUAUUUGAUUUCAAAUUUCAUAUAUAAUCAAUUUUAUUAUACAGAUUUUUAUCGAUCAUGUUAGAAACGAGUUUAUUCAUUAAAUGAUCCAUAUUAAGAGUUACAUUUAAAUAGAAAAUUCUUUUCAAAUUCAAAAAUUUAACUAAAAUAAUCAGAGAUAUCAAUAAAAACAAAUAAGAUGUUUGUAUAUACAUAUAGAAAAUCAAUUCAAUUUGUUUUUCAAGAGUAUUUAAUGUUUAGUGAACAUUUUUCUUUUCUCAAAUAGAUAUCAAAUAUGUUGAUAAGUUAUUUUAUUAAAUAAAUAUAAAUUAGAAAUUUCAAAUAGAAUGAAUUCAAUUGGUUCUCUCUUGUUUCUUUGAAUAGAAUCAAGAAUUAUACUUCAAAAUCCAUAAAAUCUCGUUAGAGAUUAGUUUUUUGUUAUUAAAUCAUGCUGUUCAUUCACAAUAGAUUCACAUACAGCUAAUCUGAUUGAUGAUUUAUGUCUUUAUAUUAUAUGAAUAUCUGAACAAUAAAUUCAUAUAUAAUGAGAUGUAUUCUGAAUGUAUUUCAGAACAAUUAUAUUAGAAGUGAUUUGAUAUUUGUAUAGAGAGAUUAUCAAUAAAAAUAAAUUAGAAAACAAUCGAAAAAGUAUUAUUUAUACGGUCUACCAAGAUCUUUAACGUCUAAAAGGGAUUCAUAGCAGAUCUUAAUAGAUUAUGCUCUAACAAUUUUCAAUUAAUUCGUAAUUAAUGCUUUUUUUUCGAAUUAUUUUGUAAUACAUGCACGUCACUCAGUGUUUUUUAUUGAAUAACUAAUUAAUCAAUGAAAAAAAGUUUUAAUGAGAUAUUGAUUUCUACAUGCGAGAUCAACUCUCAUCAUUGAUUGGUUUUUGAAGUACUUUCAAUGACUCAUUAUAACUAAUUUAGUUAACGAUUUCAAGAGAUGUUUCAUACUGAUUUAAAAAACAUCAACGAUCAACUUAAAACAUAUAUAUAUAUAUAUAUAAUCAAUCAUAAUCAGAUUUAACCACAUGAUAGAUCUACUACUCACUAUGUAUUUACCAUCUAAUCAAUCAUAACAACAAUAUAUGUUAUUAUUACUGAGUCUCAUAAAUUCCAUUAGUCGUUAUAGUUCAAAUAUUAAUUAUCUGUCUGAUCGUUGGUAGUCAAACCUUUUUGACGUAAGUCACAAAUCGAAACUUAAAUAAUUGAUGAAAUCUCAUUGUUUAUUUUAGUGAAUUGAUAUCCUAUGUCUAAUUUUAGAAUGAGACUACUUCUGGAGUGAUUGGUAAUUCACAGAGGACAUUCAUAAUUAGCCUAAUGUCUAUCUGUUCAUAGUGACACAUAUUCCACACCUUAUAUCACACUUUACACCGUUCUACAUCCAUAUUUUCUCGUUAUAUUACAUCUACACUCAUACCAAGAACUGCGAACACGAGAAAAUUAUAUAAUCCAAUAGUUUAUCAAUCAUUUGAUUCAAUAUUAUCUAAAUAAUAAUUGUUAUUCUGGAGAUUAAGAAAACGAUCGUUCAAUUUCAAUUAUUUUUUUUUUGUAUCCGUUGAUUAUUAAAUGAUAAUUGUGCAUACUAUUGUUCGAUUUUGCAUCUUAAUAUAAUUCAUUACAAUAAAAUUAAUGCAAAAAUUUCUAUUUAACCUAAUGAAAUUGAAUACCGCUGUCUUCAGACAAAAAGACAAAUAAAACUGGUGAAAUCGACCAAAUUUUAAAAAUCAAAAUGGUUGAUUGGAACUUUGACACAAAUAAUCAAAGGUAACCAUUCUGUUUUGAAACAUAGAGAAAAGAUUCUGUGUUUCUGUAGUAUUCUCCAUAUAUUCCUUGGGCUGGUACCAAAUCAUUGUAAAAUUACCGUCAUCCUUGUUACAUUCUUUUUAUAAUAUAUCGAGGAAGCUACAAAAACAGUGAAUCAUUCUUGCAUUUUUGAAAACAAGAAAAGUCAGCUUCAUUUUCUAUAGAGUUUCUAAUCAAACAUUUUCAUUUGUAAGAUUCGGUCGAUUUCACCAUUCUUGCAUUUUCUUCAGUCUAAAGAGUACAUUAUUCAAGAGGUUAAAAUGUUUAUAUUCAGUAAAAUAUAUCAGACAAUUAACAGAAUCGAUCAUGAAAUAUUUCUCUUAUUUUUCUGUUUACUCUGUAAUACUCUUUCAAGAAUAAUCAUCAAGUAUUUUUGAUUAUCAAUAUGUAUGGAGAAAUUAUGAUAGAGUGAUCGUAAUCAAUAAUAUCAUAACGAAACACUCUGAUGAAAGAUAGUUAUUUUAUACUUUUCUAUAUUUCGUUAGUAAUCAUUUUCAUUCUUCCUUGUUCUUCAGUUAGUUAAUUGUUCAAAUCUGUACAGUAUUGAAUAGUAUUGAUCAAGAUGAUUACAUAUCUCUUUCAUAAUAGAAAAAAAAAAGGAUAUAAAUCGCUAGCAUGUAAUUUUUAUCGAUAAUAAAACUACGAUAUUAACGCAUACAACAAAGAAAGAUUUUAUCUUCCUUCCAUUUAAUGAUUGUAUUUUAUUUCAUAGGGUAAAGAUUAAAAAUGGGAAUCGAUUUUUCAUAUAUUCAUGUUAUACUCUUCACUUAAGUACUAUGUUUACGAAAGUAUAAAGGAAGUAAAAUAUUAGUCAUCUAUCAAAUAUCAAAGAUAAAUAACUUAAUACGAAAGUGGGAAUUUUCCUCGUAUUAAAUAACAAUGAGCACAAAAUGAAUAAGUUUUGAUAAACAACCUAUAUAGUUUAUAAGAAGCGCAAAUUUCUCUAUGUAUGUUAUGUAGUAACUGACUGACAGAUAAAUUCAUCAUAAUAAUAUUUUUUAGGGCCACAGAUCAGAAAUUCCGAAGAAUAGGUCUCUAUACGUAUAAUUUUUAUUUUUAUUUUUUCUUUAAAUAUGUUAAACUCCGUCUACUAUAUCAUAGAAAAUAUCACAUAAAAGAUGAUCGAAUAGUUCGAUGGCAAGUGAAUAGUUCACUCAGCAAAAAUUUAUUAGAGAAAAACAGUAGAAAAUUUAGUAUGAGACCAAGAUAGAAUUUAUUAUUAGAUCAGAAGAGAAGCUAUUAGUUUCAAAAUGAUUUUACUUUUUAUUUGAUAUGAUUGAUCGUCGUACGAUAGAUACAUCUGUCGAUCAUCAAUUUUCGAUUGAAAUCAAAUAUUUUACUCCUUUGAUUAUUUAUUGAGACAUUAGAAUAGAAUGAAAUGUAUACAUUGAUCAGAUAUUGUUAGCAUCAGAUUAUGCGCUAGAUUUAUUUUAUCUUUUCAGUAAAUUAUCUAACGUAUAGUACAAAAUCAAAUAAUUAUUGAUGGUAACAUAAUAAAUUAAGAACAAAUAGUGUUAAUAGUUCAUUUCAGAUAGAAUUUCAUCUAGGAUAUAAAAUGAAUUUGUUUAACAUAUAAGCCAUUUUAUUUUUUUUAACGGUACCAAACGAGGCAUUUUUUCAAACGAAUAGGUUUCCUCAUACUCACAAUAAACAAGAUCUUAACUCUUUAUAUAAUCAAUGAAUAACAUCACUUCAAGAAUACCGUCGACCGUUAGAGAUAAAGCCAGCUUUAGGUGUUGAUGUUGCUGGACAUUUAAAUAAAUUGGGUAUAAAUCAUCGUGGUCAGGUAGCAACAUUAGCCGAUGGUCAACGUUUUCUCGUUCAUAAGGGACCUGGUUUUGGUCACAAUUCUGAAACAAUUGCUGUUGACGCAAAGUAUAUGUCAAAUUCGUGGAAACCACAUGGUUCUUCGAUUUCGGCUGGAUCCCAAUCAGUCGGAUUAGGUGAUUUAAUUAAAGCUGGUGGAAAAAACUAUGAUGUUCUUACAAACAAUUGUAUGCACGGUUCUUGUCAAAUUAAACAACGAUUUGAACAAGGCAAAUAA